AUGUCCGUUUCUUUUAUUCUUCUUUUCUUUUUCCUUCAUUUUUUCUUUCAUUUUCAUUCCAAUCUUAAUUCAUUCCUUUAUCCUUCUUAUCACCGAUCCUUCUUUCACUUUUCUUCGCUUUUACUUUUCAGUUUUUUUUUCUUUUCUUUUUUCCUUUUUCAUCUUUCUUCUUUACUUUCUUUCGUUUUCUUAAUUCUUCUUAAAUUCUCCUUCUUUUUUUUCCUUCCCAUAUGUGCAAUCAUCUUCGUGGAUACGUUUUCUUUCUUCCAUCAUUUUUUUUCGCUUUCUCUAUGUUUUUCCCGAUUUAAUUCAUUUUUUUUUCUUCCUUCAUUCUUGCUAAUUUUUUUUCAGCCUUUUCCUCUUUUUCUUGGAUGCAUUAUCUUUCCUAAUUUUCAUUCUUCUUAUUUGUUUUUUUUCUUUCAAACUUCUUUAAUUUUUUUGCUUUAUUUUCUUUUUGAUAUUUUUACUCAUUUUCUCCUUUUCCUUUCUCCUUUUCCUUUCUUUCUCCAGCCUUUUCUGACACUCUUUCUUUCUCCCGCCUUUUCCUUACUUCCUUUCUUUCUUCUGCCUUUUCCUGAUUUCCUUUCUUUCUCCUGCCUUUUCCUGACUUCCUUUAUUUCUACAGCCUUUUCUUUAUUUCCUUUCUUUUUCCUGCCUUUUCCUCACUUCCUUUCUUCUCCUUCCUUUUCCCUUUUCUUUCCUUUCCCUCCCUGGCUUGACUCUUCAGCCUUUCCUUUUCUUUCUUUCCCUUUUUCUUUUCCUUUCUUCCUCCAGCUUUCUUUUCUUCCUGCCUCUUUUCCUGACUUCCUUUUCUUUCUCCUGCCUUUUCUGACUUCCUUUUUUUUUCAGCCCUUUUUCUAUUUCUUUUUCCUGCCUUUCCUUUCUUUCUUUCUCCUGCCUUUUCCCUUACUUUCCUUCUGUCUCCUGCCUUUUCCUGAUUUCCUUUCUUUCUCCCUUUUUCCUGACUUCCUUUUUUUUCCCUUUUCCUGA